AUGGACGCGUUCUACUCGACCUCCUCCUCCUCGUCGGGGCCGUACGGCGCGGCGGCGUACGGCGGCGCCGGCUGGGGCCACGACUCGCUCAAGGACUUCCGCCAGAUCACCCCCGCCGUCCAGACCCACCUCAUGCUCGUUUACCUCACCCUCUGCGUGGCGCUGGCCUCGUCGGCGGUGGGCGCUUACCUGCACGUCGUCUGGAACAUCGGCGGCAUGCUGACCAUGGUCGGCUGCGUCGGCAGCAUCGCCUGGCUCUUCUCGGUGCCCGUCUACGAGGAGAGGAAGAGGUAUGGGCUGCUGAUGGCGGCUGCCCUCCUGGAAGGGGCUUCGGUUGGACCCCUCAUCAAGCUCGCCGUGGAAUUUGACCCAAGCAUCCUGGUGACAGCGUUUGUGGGGACUGCCAUUGCGUUCGCGUGCUUCUCUUGCGCGGCCGUGGUGGCCAAGCGCAGGGAGUACCUCUACCUCGGUGGGCUGCUCUCUUCUGGGCUCUCCAUCCUGCUCUGGCUGCAGUUCGCCGCCUCCAUGUUUGGCCACUCCACUAGCAGCUUCAUGUUUGAGGUUUACUUUGGGCUGCUCAUCUUCCUGGGGUACGUGGUCUACGACACGCAGGAGAUCAUCGAGAGGGCGCACCACGGCGACAUGGACUACAUCAAGCACGCCCUCAUCCUCUUCACCGACUUCGUGGCUGUCCUUGUCCGCAUCCUCGUCAUCAUGCUCAAGAACGCGGCUGACAAGUCGGAGGACAGGAAGAGGAAGAAGAGGUCGUGA